AUGCAACCCUCCUUCGAUGUCAUUGAAACGCAGCCUUCCUUUGAUGUCACUGAAAUGCAGCCCUCCUUCGAUGUCUCCGAAACAUGGUUCUGCUUCGAUGUCUCCGAACUAUGGCCUUGCUUCGAUGUCACCGAAAUACAGCCUUCCUUCAAAGUCACGGAAAUGUGGCCCUCCUUCAAUGUCACCGAAACACAGCCUUCCUUUGAUGUCACCAAAACACGGCCCUCCUUCAACGUCACAGAAGUGUGGCCCUCCUUCGAUGUCACUGAAACAGCGCCCUCAUUCGAUGCCAUCGAAACACGUCCCUCCUUUGAUGUCACUGAAACAGGGCCCUGCUUCGAAGUAUUGGAAACCUGGCCCUGCUUCAAUGUCACGGAAACACAGCUCUCCUUCGAUGUCAUGGAAACACAGCCUACGUUGAUGUCACUGAAAUGCAGCCCUCCUUUAUUGUCACAGCAACACGGCCUUCCCUGGAUUUCACUGAAACACGGCCCUCCUUCGAUGUAUUGGAAACAUGGCCCUCCUUCGAAGUCGCCGAAAAACAGCCCUCCUUCAAUGUCACCAAAACACAGCCCUCCUUCAAUGUCACCGAAACACAGCCUUCCUUCGAUGUCACCAAAAUGCGGCCCUCCUUUGAUGUCACUUAAAUGCAACCCUCCUUCGAUGUCAUUGAAACGCAGCCUUCCUUCGAUGUCACUGAAAUGCAGCCCUCCUUCGAUAUCUCCGAAACAUGGUUCUGCUUCGAUGUCUCCGAACUAUGGCCUUGCUUCGAUGUCACCGAAAUACAGCCUUCCUUCAAAGUCACGGAAAUGUGGCCCUCCUUCAAUGUCACCGAAACACAGCCUUCCUUUGAUGUCACCAAAACACGGCCCUCCUUCAACGUCACAGAAGUGUGGCCCUCCUUCGAUGUCACUGAAACGCGGGCCUCCUUCAAUGCCAACAAAACACGGCCCUCCUUCAAAGUCACGUAAGUGCAGCACUCCUUCGAUAUCACCAAAACACGGCCCUCCUUCUAUUUCGCCGAAACACAGCCCUCCUUCGAUGUCACUUAAACGCAGCUCUGCUUCGAUGUCACUGAAACGCGGCCCUCCUUCAAUGUCACUGAAACACGGCCCUCCUUCGAUGUCACCGAAACGCAGCCCGCCUUUGAUGUCAACGAAACGCAGCCCGCUUUCGAUAUCACCGAAAUGCAGCCCUCCUUCAAUGUCACCGAAACGCGGCCCUCCUUCGAAGUCACUGAAAUGCAGCCCACCUUCAAUGUAA